AUGAAUCGUCCAACUGUACAGGGCACAGCCAUUCUCUAGGGAAGCAAGCUUUCCACAGCAGAGAGUUGGGAACAGGAGCAAGAGAGACUUACUUGGCAACAGGCACUCAUCAGCAUGAAUCCAAUGACUCCACCAGGCCCUCCGGUCAACUCUGUAUAUGUGGUGGCACCCCCCAACGGUUACCCCGUGGUCCCAGGAACUGUGACUCAGGUGCCUCUGUAUCCAGGCAACCAGCCUCAAAUCCACGUAAUUCCUGGGAAUCCACCUGGUUUGGUGACAGCGCAGAAAGUCUUGAAAAAUGGCAAAGUCCUGGGGGCCAUCCAGAUCCUGAUUGGCUUGGUGCACAUUGGCAUGGGCUCCAUCAUGAUCACCAACCUCUCCGGGUACUAUAUACCUGUUUCCCUCUACGGAGGCUUCCCCUUCUGGGGAGGCGUUUGGUUUAUCAUUUCAGGAUCUCUUUCCGUGGCGGCAGAGAAUCAGCCCAAUUCUUCUUGCCUGUUGAAUGGCAGCGUGGGCUUGAACAUCUUCAGCGCCAUCUGUUCAGCAGUGGGCAUCAUACUCCUCAUCACAGAUAUGAGUAUCUCGGGAACAUAUGUUUACCCCAAUGACUACCCUUACUACUACUACAGCAGCACGACAAUAGGCAUGGCUCUUUCUGGUGUACUGCUCAUCUUCUGCAUCUUGGAGCUCUCCAUCGCAAGUGUGUCUUCCCACUUUGGCUGCCAAGUGGCCUGCUGUCAGUCCAACAAUGUGGAUGUGGUCAUUCCAAAUGUCUACACAACAAACCCAGUGGUCUUCCCAGAACCUUCGAACCCAAUACCAAGUUAUUCCAGUGCAGUUCAAGACUCAAAUAGGUGAAGCUGAAGAUUCUAGAAGAAUCUUUCACUGAGACCAAGUGACAUCCUCCCUUGCCUAGGCUCCUAUAAAACCAGGUUCUGCCUUUUCUGACAAACUGAGCGAAAUGUCUCUCUUACUGCUUACACUGUGGACUUGUGCUUCACCUCACUCCAGCAAGUCCUGAUGGCUAUCUACUAGAGUAAGGUGGGAGAU